AUGACCCUGACAGGCCAUAAGCGAAAUGUCAUCAAAAAUUUUCCAUUAGAAUCUCUCUUAAUACCACAAGUACCACGGAACAAUUACUUGCAUCUGCUAGAAGAAAAGCACAGAAUACAACUAAAGAAAUUUCUUCUUCAUAGGAUGUUUCUGGUGGCUCGGAUAUCAGAAAACACAGAAACAAAAGACAUUUCUGACUACUAUGAACAACUCUUUCAGUCAAUUUCAAAACGUCACCUUGGAGAAGCUGUGACAGGAUUAUUGCUAAUCUAUCCUACUACUCUUCUACACAUAUUAGAAUCCUCCAAUGAUAAUCUUCUACAUAUUCUUUCAGAUUAUGUUAACGUUAAAAAGAAUAAAACAGAUUAUUUUAUCCGAGGAAUGAAAAUUAUAGUUGUGUCCCACAAUAUUCCAACAAGGAUUUUUGUGCAAUGGUAUACUUCAUUAAUAAAUGUACCGGUAAUGUAUCUCGAUGAUGUAACACAAUCACAGUCUUUAGAGGAAGUUGUUACAGAGUUUCUUAAACAAAUUCAUAAACUGGCAUUCUACAUUUUUAACACCAUUAAAGUGGGCAAUAAAGUGCCAGAUGACUUGCACAAAACUGUACCUGAAUUACUCCUCCCAGAGCAAGUAAUAAUGUAUUUGUACAAAUCUAAAGAUUUCAUGGACCCAGAAACUUUCAUAAACAUGUAUAAUAAACCCAUUCAUAUCAUCUCAGAUUCUGAGAUUGUAUGGCCUGCUCCUACCCGAUUCUAG